CCAUCCAUCCACCUACCUAUCCAUCCAUCUAUCCAUCCAUCCAUCCAUCCAUCUACCUACCCAUCCAUCUGUCCACCCAUCCAUCUACCUAUCCAUCCAUCCAUCCACCCAUCCAUCUACCUAUCCAUCCAUCCACCCAUCCAUCCAUCCAUCCAUCUACCCAUCCAUCCAUCCAUCCAUCCAUCCAUCCAUCCAUCCAUCUACCCAUCUACCCAUCCAUCCAUCCAUCCAUCUACCCAUCCAUCCAUCCAUCCAUCCAUCCACCCAUCUAUCCAUCCAUCCAUCCAUCCAUCCACCCAUCCAUCUACCCAUCUACCCAUCCAUCCAUCCAUCUACCCAUCCAUCCAUCCAUCCAUCCAUCCAUCUACCCAUCCAUCCAUCCAUCCAUCCAUCCAUCUGUCCACCCAUCCAUCUACCUAUCCAUCCAUCCAUCCAUCCAUCCAUCUACCCAUCCAUCCAUCCAUCUACCCAUCCAUCCAUCCAUCUACCUAUCCAUCCAUCCAUCUGUCUACCUAUCCAUCCAUCCAUCCACCUAUCCAUCCAUCUGUCCACCCAUCCAUCUACCUAUCCAUCCAUCCAUCCAUCCAUCUACCCAUCCAUCCAUCCAUCCAUCUACCCAUCCAUCCAUCCAUCCAUCUACCCAUCUACCCAUCCAUCCAUCCACCCAUCCAUCCAUCCAUCUACCCAUCCAUCCAUCCAUCCAUCUACCUAUCCAUCCAUCCAUCUGUCUACCUAUCCAUCCAUCCAUCCAUCCAUCCAUCCAUCCAUCCAUCCACCUAUUCAUCCAUCUGUCCACCCAUCCAUCUACCUAUCCAUCCAUCCUUCCAUCCAUCCAUCUGUCUACCUAUUUAUCCAUCUAUCCACCCAUCCAUCUACCUAUCCAUCCAUCUGUCCACCCAUCCAUCUAUCUAUCCAUCCAUCUAUCCAUCCAUCCAUCCAUCCAGCUACCUAUCCAUCCAUCCAUCCAUCCAGCCAGCCAGCUACCUAUCCAUCCAUCUGUCCACCCAUCCAUCUACCCACCCAUCCAUCCAUCCAUCUAUCCAUCCAUCUCCUAUCAAUCCAUCUGUCCAUCCAUCCAUCCAUCCAUCUACCCAUCCAUCCAUCUAUCCAUCCGUCUACCUAUCCAUCCAUCUGUCCACCCAUCCAUCUACCCAUCCAUCCAUCCAUCCAUCUAUCCACCCAUCCAUCUACCCAUCCAUCCAUCCAUCCAUCUAUCCACCCAUCCAUCUACCCAUCCAUCCAUCCAUCCAUCUAUCCAUCCAUCCAUCCAUCUACCCAUCCAUCCAUCUACCUAUCCAUCCAUCUGUCCACCCAUCUGUCCACCCAUCCAUCUACCCAUCCAUCCAUCCAUCCAUCUACCUAUCCAUCCAUCUGUCCACCCAUCCAUCUAUGCAUCUGUCUAUCGACCUACCUCUCCAUACAUCCAUCUAAUUAUCCAUCUACCUGUCCAUCCAUCCAUCUGUCCAUCCACCUAUCUGUCCGUCCAUCUGUCUAUCUACUUACGUACCUACCUACCUACCUACCUCCCCAUCCACAUUGAGGAGAGCCCAGCGGCCUCUUUUAUCCCUCUGCUUUUCUCCCGCGUUCUGCUCCAUGAUAUUAAUGGAUGGAUGGCUGCAAUAUCCCCGG